GAGCGUAUCACAAGUUUCAAGGAAAGAUAAGUGCUGCAUGCAGAUGUGUUUGCCUCUCUGACUGUGCACAGCUAUCCACCAUGAGCAAAGAAUACUGAUUGACCAAAAUGGAACCUGAACUGCUGGGGUCCACUGCAGCAUUUCUUCAAAACCUUCAAAGCAAAACUGAGCAAAAAGCGACCACAUUUCUACACUUAUCACAGAGUGAAACCUUUGGUUGAACGUUUCAGCUGAUGACAAAAUGCCUCCUUCGAGCACUCAAUACACUAAACUGCGAUGGUUGUUAACCGUGGCUGGACUGUGCUUGUAUGUGGUGGACAUUGGUACAGACGUCGGGCUGGCACUGAAAUAUUAUCAAGAGAAACAUUUUUUGCGGACUGGAUUGACUCUGGUGUUUGUCAUGGCGGGGGUGCUGGUGACACAGAUAUUCAGCUAUGUCUGGUACAGGGACGACAUGAUUGGUCCUCUGGCGAACACUGAGGGAGGACCAAACAUAUCAGGCACGUCCACAGGUGCAAUUGCUGUCCUGCACCUAUUUGGCAUGGGCAUCUUCACCAGGUAUUGUCACCUGCUAAGGGAAGGUUUCAAAGUGGUUUGGAGAACAACAAAUUCCUAUACAGUGGAAGAGAGAAGAGAUGUGCACCACAUUCUGUUUUGCCUGGCGACAGAUCUGAGCAUGCUCAAACUGCUUGAGGCUUUCUUGGAGAGCGUUCCCCAACUCCUUCUGCAACUAUACAUAGUGAUGGGCCAGAAUGAGUGCUCACUCAUGCAGUAUUUCUCUAUGGCGUUCUCCUUCUUUAACAUUGCCUGGGCCCUGGUUGACUAUCGCCGCUGCCUGCGCAGAUCCCUUCCCCACAUCAGUGAGAUGCCCUCUGGCCUCCCCACAACAAUCUACCUCCUCUACAAACUCUGCACCAUCACCAGCCACAUCCUCAGCUACACCCUCCUCCUCUUGCUGAGCCCUUACAGCACAAUAGCCUUCACCGUCGUCUGGUUGAUGGCGAAUAUAUGGACGCACGUGCUCCAGACCAACUUCUGCUCAUCCGGUGGACUUGAGCUUCUGUACCGAGCAGUCAUCGGAGUCAUCCUCACAUUCACCUUUUUCAACGUCAAAGGACAGGACACCAAAGUAGCCAUGUUCAUCUACUACUUGUUCUAUGCUAUUGUGAACAUUGUAGCUCCUUCACUGCUAGCUUUGUUGAAACCAGAGUUGCGGACAGCCACGUUUUUUCUGCCCGUCUGUGGGUUAAUCUUUGGAGGUUCAGUGCUGGGGCUAGUGUGUCUCGUGCUGUACUACCUCCUCCUGCAUCCCAGAGAGAAGUGGCGAGCGGCUGAUGAGGUGGAUGGCCUUGGCGAUGAAAUAGAGACCACAAGAAGAAUAAGGAACUUUUUACAGCCUUGAGGCUCUGUUUCUGGUUAUGGUGGUGCAGAGAAAAAGAUUGCUGUACGUUAGAUGUGAUGUCAUCUAGGCCUAGAUAUGUUGCUCGCUAUUCUUAAUGCUGCUAUCUUACCAUACUGUGCCUUACCAUGCAGUUAUCUUACCAUAUUCUGAAAGUUUGCUUCUUCAUCGCAGAUACAAAUGGCUGGCGAAGCAAUUCAGUGCAUCAUAAUUGAGUAUAUGGAUUAAUAUUUAUUUAUUCUUGUUGGAAUAAACUUGACCAAAAACGUAUUUAUUGUUAUCGUAUCUAUGAAAAAAUAUUUAUUUGCUAAUCCUACUUAACAGCUGGCAUUGUCUCUUUAGAUAAUACAUCACUGCUACAGAGACUGUCCAUUAAUAAUGCAUUGUAAUGAAAUCUAAAAAUUACAUUAGGUUAAU